AUGCCUAAUCCUGUCCUCAUUGCUACUUGGAGUCUACUCGAGUGGAACGCUGCCGACCUUUCCCAGGCAUGGAAGAUUUUCAUUCAGAGCCCGCAACCUCUUAGACUCAAGGGGGGGUUUGCUGUCACACCAGCCUCACCUCUUCCCAUCUCGGAGAAAUCAACUGCAAAAGCAGCAAUCGACGGGAAAGUCACGCUUGUGUUUUCCAUCGGCUAUGGGUUGGACAAUGGCGUCAUGGUAGUCAGUGGGCCAAGUGAUAUUCUAGGUAGAGGGGAUGCAAAUCGUGCUCCGAAGAUGCAACGGAAGGGAGGAGAACAAUGGGAACUGACGCUGGAAGUUCCUCUGGACAAGGAUGUUUUGGUCUACAAUUACAUUGCAAUGUCGAACACACACAGAUACGAGGCCAGAAUCUGUGAGAGAUCCAUCAGUCUGUCAGGUUUGAAGCCUGGUACAAAGGUUCACCUGCAAGAUUCAUUCCGAUCUCCCAAGGUGGCUACACUCGCCACCUCCUGCUUCGCGAAGGCCAUCUUUGGCCGAGGGAACGCUGAGCAGUACACCAAAACGGAAAACAAGGUGGUCUCACCAUCGGAGAUCAUGUGGGAUGCUGUUGCAGAUGAUGAGGCAUCAGUGAGGUUCGUGGUGUUUGCUCCUCGCCUCGAGGCUGGGCACAGCGUAUGGGUGUCGGGAAGCGUUGAGGCUCUCGGGAAAUGGUCCACGUCAAGUUAUUUGCCCAUGGCGCAUGUUGGCUCUCAUGUAUAUGUUGGCCAGGUAAAGGUCAAGAAGUCGGAGUUGCCUGUCGAAUUCAAAUAUGUCGUGCUCGACAGCAAUGGACAAGUUGUCUGCAAGGAGAAGGGAGACAACAGGAAGGUUGCUUCGAACUCGGAUACAAGAUUCGUGGUGUCAGACUCAACUUUCAACUAUCCCACCGCUGUCUACAGAUCUGCAGGAGUUGCCAUUCCUGUGUCUGGCAUCAAAACGUCGGACUCGAUGGGCAUUGGAGAGUUUCUGGAUCUGAUGAAAGUCGUGGAUUGGGCCGUGGGCCGUAACCAUGUGCACUUCAGCGCCUCCUCGUCGUUUGCCCUUCACCCGAGUUACAUUCGACCAGCAGCUGUGUGCGAGUAUUACAAUAAGAGGUUUGGCGUUGACGCCUCCGGUUGUGAGAAUUGGGCCAAGGGCCUGGUAGAUCAGCUGAACAAGAACUGGAGGAUAGACCAUCCCAAGGUGAUGGAUGAGAAACGAAAACUCAUGGAUGCAAUCUUCGAUAAGGUCGGAAUCGAUGUCAUCAUGAAGGACCCCGAGCUACAGAAAUGGGCGGAAGCCAGCUCCUCUUGGUUGAAGACUUACGCAGCAUUCAAAGUUCAGCUCGCUAAAGAGAGAACUUUCAACAACAAAUGGUGGGAUUGUACGACGUGGAGGGUCCAUGCAGAUGAAGCGGAUUCCAUGACGCGCGAGCAGAGUCUGGACUAUCCAACGGUUGCGCGAGUUUACUUCAUCCAAUACCAUCUCCAUCACCAGCUCAAGGAGGCUUCUCGCUACGCUGAGCUCAACGGCAUUGCCCUUAAGGGCGAUAUCCCCAUAGGAGUCACAAGAUGCUCGAGCGACGUGUGGGCUGAGCCGAAUCUCUUCAAGCUCGACAGAAACGCUGGUGCGCCUGGUUAUCCGGAGCAGAACUGGGGUUUUCCUCCCUACAACUGGGAUGAGAUGCACCGAGACGGUUGCAAGUGGUGGCGGCGACGCCUUCAGCACAUGGAGCAGUAUUUCCACGCUUAUCGCAUCGAUCACGUCCUCGGAUUCUUCCGCAUGUGGGAGAUCCCCAAGCAUGGAGGAGGUGGACAGUACGUGCCCCAGGGAGGCCUGCGCGAGUGGGGACUCAAAAACCUCCGAGCCAUCCAGACUGCGUCCAACAUGAUGAUCUGUGGAGAGGAUCUCGGAAACGUUCCUCCUGAGGGAUGGUACAACUUCUUCAUCGGCAAGGGCGAAUGCCCUGGUGGUCCGCCGGACUGGGAUUACAUUGACAUGUGGGAGAAUCUUCGAUCUCAAAACUGCAAGAACGACAUCAUAAACAGACCAGGGCAGGUAUAG